AGAUUUACAGGGCGCUUUGAAAGCAGACGUGGGACGUCGUGAGUUUGUUUGCUCAUUGUACACAGUAUAAAGGUAAUGAGAAAGACUUCAGUCUCUGCUUUUGUAUAAAAAUGAACUUUUUGACAAGUAUAAGGCCAACGUGGGCAUACAAUGCAUUAAACAUUAUGCCUCCAUACGGUGGGUCAAUGUUGUGCCCGAGUUUUAUGUUUAUCGAAACGUUUCGAUCAAUCUCUUGAGAAGAAACGGUGCUCGAGGUCUUGGACCUUUAUCUGCUUAAAUCUUGAAUGAAGUAUAAUUAUCUUGGCAUCAUACGUUAGGCUAGUCGCUGCAACUUUGGUUGAAAUGAAAAGUACAAUAACAAUAAUUUUCUUGGAAUCUGUAUAAGUAAUUAAAGAAAUGGCUUUCUUGGAAAGUCACGCAAGAUUGAUUUCAUUUUGUGUUUUUUUUUCCCUUAUUCGCAAACUGGAUCAGUUUGAUCAUGUACCUCUAUCUGGAUGCCGAUCUAUACAUGUAAGAAUUUUUCAAAUGAAAUCGGUAGGACUGAUUUUAUUUGGCUCGCUGAAAAACGUAGUUAUUUUUUUUAGAAAGGCGUUAUUGAUCACUGGUAUAUGUUUCAGUUUCAGGCCUGAAAAUGGAAAACAUCUGCACACGCUUGCUGAAGAAAAGUUGGAGUAACUACAACGUAGGCCUAAUUCCCCACGUAGAGGGGAUCUAUGUUAUAGGGACCACCCAUCCCCGCACCAGUACAGAGGUAGUGUAUGUUGGUAGAAGCAACGAUAUUCAUCGGAGGAUGGUGGAGCACAAAAGACAAGACUUGGCCGUAGACAAGUUCGUCAAGAAGAAUUUCACAGAAAAUGGUGGAAUUCAUUUGCGUGUAAAAUGGAUUGAGGAACAUGACCAGAGGAGAAACGAAAGUGAUUAUAUCCGCUGUGUAGCCAAUAAAUUGGGGUACUGGCCAAGGUUCAAUAUAAAUGGCUGAAUCAGGUUUCGUUAUUACUGAACAUAAGGAGUCUGUAAAAAAAUGUUCUAAGACAGGAAGAUAGCUUGUACUGUAAAGUAACAGUCAUCGUG